CAAUCACCCACUCUCUGUCAUGGCCAUACAUGUAGAACUGCAUGCCGCUAGCUACCGGUACCUGGUACCGUAGCUAGAGAGGCCGCAGAAACGAUGCAGCCAAAAGGAACCACUCUCCCCGUUAUAAUCGUUGGCGCUGGCCCCUGUGGGUUGGUAGCAGCGUUGACAUUGCAACAGAACCAUAUCCCUUUUGUAAUACUGGAAAAGGCGUCCAGAGAACGCAUUUGCACCAAUGCUGGCAGUGGCUUUGAUAUGGCCAAGACGGCCUUGAAUAUCUUGGGGGAUCGUCUCAAAGCUACUACCGACGACAUUUUGUUGUACCAUGGCGGAUUGUUGUUUAGCACCCUCGAAGGGGAUGUCUACCGCGAUUCCCCCAUGGUAGCCCAGGAAAGCAAAAGGAAGAAGACUCAAAAGACCAAGAAUCUGGAAGAAAACUUUCGCAUGGCAUCCGCAAACCGUUCCGAACUUCAGAAACUGCUAUUGGAUCAACUAUUCCCCAACAAGUCACAGGAUGAAGAAGGUAUUCUAAGAUGCAGUGUCACGGUCGAAUCCUACGUAGAAGAAGAUGAGACCAAAGUAGUGGUCACGUUGUCGGACCAGUCCACCGUGACGGGAUGUGCAUUGCUUGGCUGUGAUGGUGUUCACUCCAAGGUUCGUGCCUGUAUGCAUAAAGGAAAAGAAGAUCCGCUACACUUUUGCAACACCAACUGUUAUUGGGCCAAGACUCCCAUGCCUAGCGGAUCCGAAGUGGAACGCGAAGUGGAACAGAUGCAAACAUACAAAAAGACUGGAGGAGGCGUCACUGUCAUUUUGGGUACGGGUACAAAGAAGAGACCCGGGACUUUCUUUUUGGCUCCAACGACCGGUCAAGUCCUGUGGGGGAUCUUUGAGCAAGCUACCGAACCGCCUCAGACUUCCAAUGAUUUGACACGACGCGGUGGCGGUAUUCUUACCGAACCAGAGAAGCAAGAAAUGAUAGUCAAAUUCUUGGGUGGCGGUGAUGAUGAUAAGAAUUGGACUCUUGCCAAGACCGUCAUGGAGCAUACUCCCGCCCAUGCCAUUACCAAGACGGGUCUGUUUGAUCGGCAAAACUUGGAUCUCCCCUACACUAGCCCCGGCAAGUUGGUGGCAUUGCUGGGGGAUGCUGCCCACCCCCAAACCCCCUUCUUGGGCCAAGGUGUCAAUAUGGCCAUCACAGAUGCCUAUGUGUAUGCUACCCGUAUUGCCAAGGCCAUCCAGAACAACGAUGCGGAUACCAUCCCCAGGGCCAUGGCCCGGUGCGACACGAAACGCCGUCGGCAACAGGCCAAGAGAUUGGUGAUUGAGGCUCGCCGUCGCUGUGACGCUUCUGUAUCCGGUCAUUGGUUCACUGUGUGGAUGAUGAAGAUGCUCUUCAAAUACACUCCCAUGACAUGGCUUAUCAAGGAUGCGUUAGUGGGCGACAAGAGCAACAAGGAGAUGGUCGAUGAGCUCGACAAAGAGUAUGCAUAGUCAGUCAACUAACUACCCAACUGGUAUCGUCCUAGCGCGCCGCCCUUUCAGAAGUGGAUGAAAUCAUAGCGAUGACAGUCGCCUUCCGUUUGUUUCAUUUCCUUUCAGCAGACGCACGCCUUGGUCGAGAUAGCCGAUGACAGGACACCGUUCUAGUCUAGGAUGAAACAGAAACUCAUUGCUAUAUAAUAGAUUGUUACUACUACCCCUCUUCUUGUGUGCAGUAAAAGUCACUCCCAACUAUUGUAUCAAUCAACAGAAAGAACAGAACGUAUGUAGCAA